AUGUCUACCAUCAGCACCGAGUCCAGCGUGUCUAUCGUGUUGGACGAGAAGAACGUCUACAGUGACUUCAUGACUGCCAGCGACGAAGGCCUUGUAGUCUCCACCAACGUCGCCACCAAAAUUCCCGCCACCCACUUGGGCAAGCGAGCCACAAUCCAGCCCGAUAUCACCCAGUACUACCGCGGUACACGCCAAGUCCCCCAAGGCCUCAUCAUGACCUGUGUCACCCAUGGCUCUUGGUUCCGCGGUACCCACUUCUCAGACUCUCAGGCGUAUAUCUACGUUUGCCGCAAUGCUGCGAGCCGCAUCCCUGCUUCUUCUACCAGCGUGCGGUUCUUUGCUGCUAUGCUUGACCGAGGCUACGGCACGGUGUCUUAUGAGUCCCCCGAGCGAGUGGACAGAAGGCUCGCCGAAGACAUCGCCUUCCUCAAAGAGGAGUAUGCAAAGCUCGAGGGCUUUGUGCAGGUCAAGUUCACCAGCGUGUUGGAGUUUUGGAUUGCCAAAAGGCUGGCUGAACGAGCGGGGGGUGCAUGGCUCAAAGGCGAGUAUGGCGGUCAGAGAUGGACUCCCAACCACAAGACGUACGAGGAUACGUCGGGCAGGAUUCGGGUAUCCGCUUCCACCGACUUUGAUCGGCUGUGCAUGCGUAUGUGA